UCACUUGAGAGUCGUCCUAAGCGAGGCAUCCUUCGUAGGCAUCGGCGUCAAUUGAAUAUUGUUGUUUCGCGCGCGUUGUUACUACAACAAGCCAAUUCGCGGUAAUUAACGCGAAAGUGUGUUAUCAUGUUUCGUAGGGCGCCAGUGAGCUUACUCACCGUAGCGUUUCUGUUCUGUUUGAUUCUCGCGUUGAGUGUCGAAGCUCAGUUAACUUACUCCACCGACUGGGGUAAAAGGAGCCAAAAUGUGCGGAUGAAAUCGGACUGUCCGUCGCGAAGCACGUCGUUACUGGAACAAUUGUUGAAGUUGUACACGUUCGUACAGAUCGAAGCGCAGAGGAUCCUGGAUUGUCAGAACCUGAACAAAUGAAAGCAAGCAGAUCGUCGCGUUUUCCCUCAUCGAACGGACUCCUGUCGAGACUAUUCUCCGUCUCAGGCGAGACUACGGAAAAUGACAUGAUUAUUUGAAUAAACGUGAUGCAACGCAACGCCCCGUGUCUCUUAAUUUUCUUUCUAUACGGAUAUACCGAUUGUGCGACCGAUUGUCGCAAAUGUCUUAUUCCAUUCGUCUUAUUCGUUUCGUGACGUUUCUAGCGUUUCCAGCGCAUCUCGGCAACGUAUCUCGGCGAAAGGAAUGAGGCGCGAUAAUUUCCAUCUGCUUGUUAUACCAUCCGCUUUGUGCAUAACACUUGAUUGUAACAUGAGCCAAUAUUGAGGCAAGUGGUAAACGGCAUUGAAGCUGGCCCAUCCGAAAACCAGCCGGCCAAACUACCAAACUACCGUCACACAGAUUGUCUCUGUAAUCUACAAGUGUUUCGUUCCGCCGCGGCGAAUGUAGCCUUGAAAAUAAACGUUUGUUGCGGUCUCU